CGUAGCAACGGGCCGACGGGGGGGAGCUGCGCUGGCAGCCUAACCCGAUGCGGCAAAACCAAAACGAAGGCUUAUCGGUGCUAUGAUCUUGUUCGUCGCUCUUCGCUUUGCAUCAAUUGCACUGUCUACUUUCUUGAUCAAAUCAAUAAACAAGCAUAUAAACUUUUUUCUUCGAGGAAUUUGCGCUUUCGUGCGGCGGUUCCCCCUUUCGCUCGCUAUAUCUCCAACACUACGUGCGGGGUCGCCCGUCUCUGGAACCCCAGGCAAUCGUUUCACAUUUCUACAUCGCACAGAAUCAGAACUUUCCCAGUUCAAGCUUAAAAGUCAACCCAAUCUAUUGUUUAUGUACAUCAACCACAUUUCUCGACAACGCGAUCUAAUCGCUCAGUUUGUACAGUUAUUGAGGGGUAAAAGCAGGGAAAUGGCACUGGAUGUGCGCCUCUACAACCAUCUCGGUCCUAUCACGCACUCCUCGGCGGCUUCGGUUUCGAGUGCAUCCGGAUUCACCUCGAGUACCGCUGCGACAAGCGUGUCGAUGGCAUCCGCUCCAGCCAUGCAAUCUACAGCUUCGAGUCCCUCGUUGAGAUCGCGAGAAAGUGUCAUUGUAUCCACCGGCGUGCCCUCGGGGAUUCAAAGUCCUGGAGGGGGAGGGAAUGUGAAGGUUGUUGUCAGAGUUCGCGGCUUUUUGCCUAGAGAAACCCAAAAGGGCUCAGAAUGCCUGAUCUCAAUGAACCCAUUCACUCAAGCGACAACUCUUCGAGGUCCAGAAUCAGACACAACAAAACCUCGCUCUCAGAUACGGGGCAAGGUUUAUGAGGAUAAGACUUUCACCUUCGAUCGGUCAUUCUGGUCGCACAACCAGUCUGACGAACAAUAUGCCGACCAAGAAGAUGUGUAUAACUGUCUGGGAGAAGAAUUCCUGGACCAUAACUUUGAAGGAUAUCACACUUGCAUUUUUGCCUAUGGUCAAACCGGGUCUGGAAAGAGUUACACGAUGAUGGGCACUCCCGAACGACCUGGGUUAAUCCCGAGAACGUGUGAAGAUCUUUUUCAGAGAAUCGACGAAGCUCAAUCUGUCGACACAACUUAUAAUGUUCGAGUCUCUUACUUCGAGGUUUACAACGAACAUGUCCGCGACCUUCUCGUACCACGCACAGAACCGCCUCACUAUCUCAAGAUUCGUGAAUCGCCAACUGAUGGGCCGUAUGUCAAAGACCUAACAGAUGUCCCUGUAAGAAGCUUUGCGGAUGUCAUGAACUGGAUGAGGAAGGGCGAUAUGUCUAGAACUGUCGCAAGCACCAAGAUGAAUGAUACCUCAUCUCGAUCACAUGCAGUAUUCACGAUAGUUCUCAAGCAAAUUCACCAUGACCUCGCCUCCGACGAGACAACCGAACGAACUGCACGUAUCCGUUUGGUAGAUUUGGCCGGAUCAGAGAGAGCAAAAGCGACUGAAGCAACUGGUCAAAGGCUGCGAGAAGGAUCAAACAUCAACAAAUCGCUGACUACGCUAGGAAGAGUCAUUGCCGCACUCGCUGACCCAAAGAUGCAGCGUCCUGGACGUAGAGCGAAGGAAGUGGUGCCAUACCGUGAUUCGAUUUUGACAUGGCUUUUAAAAGACAGCUUAGGGGGGAAUUCGAAGACUGCCAUGAUCGCGUGUAUUGCGCCAUCCGAUUACGACGAGACGCUAUCGACCCUUCGAUACGCAGAUCAGGCUAAGCGUAUUCGCACGCGAGCUGUUGUCAACCAAGAUCAUGUUUCUGCCGCCGAACGAGAUGCACAAAUCUCUGAGAUGACGGAGCAAAUCCGCGUGUUGCAAUUAGCAGUCAGCCAAAACUCUGCAACCAAGAGAGAGAGCGAGGUUCAGAAUGAGAAACUAGAAGAAUAUCAACAACAGGUCGAAAAGAUGCAGCGUCUUAUGGAAGAGAACAAGAUGGUCAGUGAAUGCAAGAUCAGACAGCUCCAGACCGAGAACGAGGCGCUCCGAAACCAUUUGAAGCUUGCACUUGACAGUCUGAAGAACCCAAUCCCCGAUAUCCCGCUCCGGAAACGAGAAACCAGUCUGGGAUCACUGCGAACAGAGGAGACUGAAGAAACACAAUCCAACGAGAGGGAUCUCAAAACCCCGCCACCACCAGAAGAAGAAGAAGAGAACAGCGGCAUCUGGGAAGACGACGACCAGGACAGUGCUGGCGAGCAAGACGAUGUAGCAUGGGAGAUGCAGGCCGACAUGGAGAACUUAUUAGAAGAACUGACUUUGUUCAGACGGAAGCUCACAGCUGAUCAUGAACGAUUUGGCAUUGCGAGAGUCAAGGAAGACACGGAACGCCGUCCUUUCGGAAGGCUUUCGGUCAACAGUACAUUUCAACGCUCGUAAACGAUGCAUUCACGAAUUGGGUUUUACAUUGCGAGGGGUCUGGUUUCUCUUUGUUAUAAAGUUUUUGUUCGAGCACAUACCUUUUCUACAGAUAGCAUACUUAUGAAAGCGUUAUCCUUCAAUAAUCCAUACAAGUAUCGAUGCAUAUUUGAGUCUGGCGUUUCAAAAUUGCAAGAGAGUCUAAAUCUAAAAGCGUCACAAUAUCACAUUGAUCAGACAAAGUGCAUAAGCAGCUCCACUACUGAUGUACUUCGCAUCGCCCACGAGUUAAUGCAGAAUGCAUACAGCAUGC